AUGUCGACCAAGACAAACACAUACCCUUUCCACCAAGUGGACACCUUCACCGACACGCCAUACUUUGGCAACCCGGUCGCUGUCGUCAACUGCCUCAACCCAUCUUUGCCUGUACCGACACAGGAACAGAUGCAACGUUUUGCAAGGUGGACGAACCUGUCCGAAACGACGUUUCUCCUCCCUCCCACCGACAACGCGGCCGACUACCGGCUGAAGAUAUUCACACCUGUCGAAGAGCUGCCCUUUGCGGGCCAUCCUACACUUGGUAGCUGUCAUUCUUUCCUCCGACAUCUCGGCACCUCAGAAGCCUCGUCUUUGAUCACAGAGCGCGAAGGGAAGCUUGUUCAAGAAUGCGCUAUUGGUCUUGUACCACUCCGUGUGUCGGCCGAUGCGUCCACUGUGCGCUUCAGAGCACCUGAUUUCAUCCGUCACGAACCUGUCGAUCCCACCACCGUCUCUCGCAUCACUACAGCGCUCCGCCUCGAUCCUGACAGCAUCAUCUCCGCAUAUCACAUCGACAACGGCCCACGAUGGAUCGGCAUCAAGCUACGCUCGGCUCAACAGGUCCUCGACAUCGAUGUCAACUCGCCUCAGAGCGAUAUCGGCUCCAUACGAGACCUGUUUUUGGGAUUCAUCGGUCCCUACCCAGAAGGGCGGAACGUACAGGGCGAGAAAGUGGCGCACGAGGUACGAGCCUUCGUGUUUGAGGAUAUCGGAGAAGAUCCUGUGACAGGUUCCUUGAAUGCUGGAUUUGCGAAAUGGCUGGAAGAGAGUGGAGAGUCUCCCGCGGACGAGUAUGUCAACUCGCAGGGCACGGCGAUUGGUAGGAACGGUAGAGUCAGCGUCAAAAUCGAUCGAAAGCAAGACGUCGGUAAGGCAGAUAUCUGGAUAGGCGGCGAGUGUGUUGUUUGCAUCGAUGGCGUUGUACACAUAUAG